UGCGAUGGAGGUUUUCGCCUUCUCUGCGAUGGAAGGAUGUGGAGGCUGCGAUAAAAUCUGACUGGGAAAGCGAUCAAAAGGAGGAAGACGAAGUUGGAACUGGAAGUGUGGGCACGGUAUGGUCGUCGAGACGAGGUUCCGAUUUGUCCAUGUGACGAGCGAGCGCGAAUAAAUUAAGGAAGCACCACCGCCCCGAGUCGAGAUGCCUACUCCCCCUGCUGCUUUUGCCACCACCGCCCCGGCCACCCGCCUCCACCUCCGUGCCUCCCCCUCAGGCUCGCCCGCCGCUUCAUCCUCCUCCGCCGUUUCCCGCCGCCGCCGCUACGCUCCCCUUCGCUGCUCCUACUCAACAUCAGAGAUGGAGGCAGGCGCCGGCACUGCCCUGUACCCCCUGCACCGCUCCAAGACCAUACACCUGGUCAGGCAUGCCCAGGGCAUCCACAAUGUGGCGGGCGAGAAGGAUUACAACGCGUACAUGUCAGAGGAGCUGCUUGAUGCGCAGCUUACCCCGUUGGGCUGGAGCCAAGUUGAUUGCCUGCGACAGCAUGUGGCAAAAUGUGGACUAGCAAAAAAGAUUGAGUUGGUUAUUACUUCCCCUCUACUGAGGACUAUGCAAACUGCAGUGGGGGUCUUUGGUGGUGGGAACUAUACUGAUGGAAUAGGUGCAUCACCAUUAAUGGUAGAAGGUGCUGGACAGAGUGGACGGCAAGCGAUUUCAAGUUUGAACUGCCCACCGUUUCUAGCAGUUGAGGCCUGCAGGGAGCACAUGGGUGUUCAUCCCUGUGAUAAGAGGAGCAGCAUCACAAAAUACCAUACUCUUUUUCCGGCCAUUGAUUUUUCCUUGAUAGAGAAUGAUGAAGAUGUUCUUUGGAAACCAGAUGUCAGAGAGGCAAAUGAGUCUGUUGCUGCUAGGGGCAUGAAGUUUAUUGAUUGGUUAUGGACAAGAGAAGAGAAAGAGAUAGCUAUUGUCAGCCACAGUGGUUUCUUAUAUCACACCUUAAACAUGUAUGGUAAAGAGUGUCAUCCAACCGUAGCAGAGGAACUGGGCAAGCACUUUAACAACUGUGAGCUCCGGUCGAUGGUGUUGGUCGACAGAAGUAUGCUUGGAUCAGGUACCCCUACAUGCAAUUUCCCAGGGAAGAUACCGGCUGGACUUGACCUUCCUAGCGAUGUCGUGGACGAGAAGCGCGUCGAGGAAGCUAGAAAGAACUGAGACAGUUGCGAGCGCAUGGACGUCUUUGAUUCCUUUGUCUUCCCCCAGCUCUGACUGACAAUGGUUAACUCUGAAAUAUAAGUGAUUAGCAACAUCUACAGAUAGGGCUUACUGUCUGUAGCUCUGAAGUAGGAUGUUUGUUACUAUAUAAUUUGUUGUCUGAACACGUAUCUAAAUUGAUGUGAAUAAGGAUGAUUUAUACAUGUAGCCCUCUUUUUGAACGA